CAAAAUAUCCAAAAUGGAGAAGACCGUAGAAACUCUGGAGGCAAUGUUUCAAAAAGCUGAUUCAGAUUUGAACUAUUUGUCAAGGAAGCUUGAAUUUGAAUUUGAAAACACAGCAAAUGGGAAAGAACAGAUGAAUCCGGUUAGAAUGAUGCAGAAGAUAGGAGAAAUAAAGAAGGAAUAUGCAGGGAUUGUUCAAGAAGCUGCUGCUAUUCACCAAACACAGAAGGAGGCUAUGGAUUAUUUCCGGUCCCAACUACUGGUUGCUUGUCAAAUGUUGCAGAAGCUAGAAAACAGAACAGGAUCAGAGGGAAUGGAGCAACCUGAAGCGAUAGGACAGCUGGAGCAGAUGCUAGGGAUUGACCUUUCACAAGUGGACUCUGACCCAAAACCUUCCAGUCCUAUACCGGUUGAAGAAGUGGGAGGCAACUCUAACAAGAUGGCUUGCCCUGUGGAUUCGACCUGUAUAUCUGCUGAAUCAUCUAUGAAUCGACCGGUUUCACCAGUUUCACGAAGAGCAUGUUCACGGGAAUGUAUUGAAAUUGACCAGGCAGAGUUUGAAUCAGUUUCAUCACUUGUCAGAAGAAGGGUCAAGUUAGCAGAUGUCAAUAUUGUUUAUAAUCGAUUAUGGACUCACUUCAAAGAAGAAGGAAAUAGCACCCCACUCAGCACGUCAGACAUGUACCAGCUGGGUUGGAAAAUAACAGGAUCCACUGGAGAGGCCAAACUCAAAGUGCUGCGGGCUUUAAAGCUUCUUAAGUUGUCAUCAAAAGGAGAAGUGACCUUAACAUAGUGCUGUUAACAUCUCUCCAGUGUGGACAGACGGACAAUACCUGUAUCUGGGUAUGAAACAAAGCACGGAAUCCACUAGUGAUGUACCUAGCCUACAAUAGCUGAGCAGUGAUGGCAGUAGAAAAAGAAUGUCACUGUAAUAUAGGGUCUUUUCCAGCUAGACACAAAUGACACGUUCAGGUGUAGGGUGGAGGGCCUACUCAUGUGCUUUACGUUCUUGGUGAUGGACACCUUCAAAUGCAGGCUCUAAAAGUAUUAUAGAGGCAAUAUGUCAUGUAUAUGGUAUAUUUGGUGCAAUAAAGUGGAAUUGAUGAAAUGUCUUGGAUAACUAAACAAGGAAGUUGAUUUAAUCCAUAGUGCUCAGAUGAACAAUGCAUUCAAUUUGUACAGCAUUGUAUUUUUAUAAUGGUGGUUUUGACCUCCAUACAGUGCUAUAUGGUAAUAAUGAUUACCCUCUGGACUUUAAUAAUUUACGUAUAGCAGAAUCUGUUCAUAACUUUUUCGAAUUGUCAAAAUGCUUCACGUUUUAAUUUCAUAAAGCCAUUUAUCCUACAUCACAUUGUCACUUGCAAGUUUGGUUGCUGUAACGUGGGUGGUGGGUGAGAAUCACUGAUGUACAUGUAAGUUAAUCUUAGGAAAUUGGGUAUAUUUAUGUACCAAUUAUGUAUACUAAUUUCAUGGUCUUUUAGACUUGUUUUUUAUAAUUGAGUACAAAUUAUGUAAUUGUUUUUACUUCUCUGAAGAACAUGUCAAUUGAUACAUGUGUAUAUUAUAAAUUGUAUGUGACAAAGUAUGUGUGGAGAGGCAUUAAUAUAGGCCAAUGGCCUGUUUACCUGUCCUUUUCUUUUGUGAAAUAAAUGUUUAAACCAUUCAAUUUAAAAUAUAAGUGCUCACCUAAGAAGAGCAUUAGCACACCUCUACGCACUACUAAAUUUAAUAAGAGGGGUGCAAAAUAUUGUGAUGCUACUUUUAAACAAACAGCAUUUCAAGUAUAUACAUAACAUAUAUAUAAUAUGUGUGUGUGUGUGUGCCAGGACUGUGUGCUUGAACCUUAAUUGGAUAUAAGCACGAAAGUAAAUUGAAUGCACACAUUCUGAUUACAGUGACAUGAUAAUUAAACACAUUUGUUACAAAACCCACUGACUACACAAAUUGUAUGACUUGUUAAGCGAAGCAUCACUGCAAUUACCUUAGCCCAGACGUUGAUUACUCUGAAGUUGCCUCGACACGUGUAUAUGAUGGUGUAGUUGAAAAUACACAUUCACUGGGCAGAGCUAAUUGUUAAUUGGAAUAUCACUCCAUCAAUGUGACUUACUAAUCCAGUAGGUAACAAGACAAGUGUUAUUUAGCGAGGCCACAUUAACACAGUGAGUUUAUGAAUUUUGAGUGAGAUGUGUCAAAGGGCUUAAAACCAAACAUGAAUGUUGUAGUCAUACUAUCACUAUUUCGAUGUAAUUUUAUACGCAACAUCGUUAUUAGAAAUGUCAAAUGCUCUUCCAGUCAACAAAAGACACGUUUUUUUCAUAUAAUUUGACUAAUAUUUAGUAUUCAUAAAUUCAUAUUGACAUUAGUUGUUAAUCUAUUUUAGUGCUCAUUUAGUGCAUAUUCAAUGGAUUCCAUUGUGUUAUGUAAAUAAUUCAAAUAAAUGAUAUUUCCAA